UGACUUUUAUCAAACCCUACACUUUGCCCAGAAAAGAAACCUUGAUCUUACGCCAAGGUUAAGCUACGAUCAUCACGAACGAGAGAGAGAUCCGGAACUUACACCCCAGAAAAGGAAACAUCCAGAAAACAGAUCAAAUUCAUGGGUAACACAACACGCCCUCCCAAGCGGAAGGACUCCAACCACUUCACCGGCCCCAAGCACUACAACGCCGCCUACUCUAGCGGCGCCUUCUCCUUCUUCAACCCAACUGCCCGCUACCACGUCCUCGCGCCCUCAAGCCACAACGAGGUCGAGCCCCAAGUCGAUCCAACAACCGGAAAGAGGCAGAAAUCCCAGCAGGCCUCCGACGAGCUCUCCCUAACCGGCAACGAAGCCGCCUCCAUCCUCGGCCACCGCGCCACCAACGACACUACUCAAGAAGCCGUCGCCUCCCUCCCUCAGGACACCGACAUCCCCACCCUAUCCGCCGACCAGAUCGGCCGCGCCCUCGAAGCCACCGAUUCCCAGCUCAGCGCCCAAAGUUCGCUCCAGAAUGCCGCCAACGCAGCGACCGUCUCGCCCGAGCGGCUGGCGGGCGCCCUUGACACCUCGCCUAGCCAGAUCGGAAGGGUCGUCCAGCUGGGGAUGGGGAUGGGGGGUAGUGCCAAUGGUAGCAAGACGUCGAUCAACACCACGCAGCAAAAGCAGCGAGAACAGGAACAGAAGGAUAGCGGGGUGUAUUAUAUCUGGCGGAGCAGGGAUAAUAGGAAGGGAAGACAUGCGGCGGUUGUUACGAAGCCGGGGAUUUUGCAGCAGGGGAAAAUGAAAAAGGGUAAUAAAGGGGGGGGUGGGAAUAAGGAUAAGGAUAAGGAUGGUGGGAAGGAUAACGAUGAUGGAGAGGAAUGUGGUAGGACCAGUGGUGGUUGGAGACAUAGGAGAAAGUUGCAGGAUGAAGAGACGGGGGAGGGGAUUGAGGAGGAGGAUGCAAGAGAGGAGGCUAGGGGCGAAGGGCCCAGGGCGACGAAUAUGUCGAGGAUGACGUGGCAUGGUGUGUUGAAGAUGGUGACGAGCUUUCCGUGGUGGGAUAUUAGUUAUGAUGUGGCUUUGACUUUUUUUAUUGCCGCCAUAGCAAGACUCAUCAACGGCUUCUUCGUAUACCUCCCCCUCGCCGCGCCCAAAUCCGAAUUCAAAGGCGAAGAGACCGGCGCCGGCGCCGGCACCACCCGUCUCAUCACCUGCACCCUCAUCGUCAUCUCCUCGGUCCUGAUGAUGCUCGAAGCCGUCAACGAAAACCGCGCCGACUGCUUCGGCUGGGCCCUCGAGGAAAGCCUCGCCGGCAACGCCGACGGUCCCCGCCUGCGCUCCCACGAGCACCAAGGAACACGCUGCACCCACCACCAUCAGGUCCGCUACGUCCUCCUCCGGGGGUCUAACCCGAGGGACCAGCGCAAAGCCGUCGUGGUCCCCGUCUCUGUCUCGGUACCCGAUGACCACAACCUUCAUAACGAGAAGAAGGAUGACCCGGAUGCAUCUCACAGCGACGGCGAUGGCUCGGACUCGGAUGACUCUGCCGACGGCAGCAAGAAACCCGAUAACAAUGGCCACAACAACCACCAACACCCCUCGCGCGCGUGGAAGUGGUGGCCGUCAUCCGACGAGCUCAAGUCGCACUACUUGCACGAGAUCGGUUUCCUGUCUUGUCUUUUGCAACUAAUCGGAGCCAUCAUUUUCUGGACCGAGGGUUUUACUGGGUUACCCUUUGCCCAAAACAACUUGACCACGGGGGCGUUGGACGGGUCGUACUGGCUACCCCAGGUGGUCGGAGGAUUCUUCUUCAUCGUCUCGGCGGUCUUGACCAUGGUGGAGGUGCAAGACAAGUGGUACAUCCCGGCGCCGAAUCUGCUGGGGUGGCAUAUCGGUGCUUGGAGCUUGGUGGGAUCGUUGGGUUUGACGGUUACGGGGGCGCUGGGGUUUGCGCAAGAUGCUGGGCCGCAGUAUGGGUAUGCGGUGGGGAUGGCUACUUUUGUGGCUAGUUGGGCUUUUUUGAUCGCUUCAGUGAUUCUGCUGUUCGAAGCUUUGAACAAGUAUCCCCUUACCGUCGGUACUGCGCCUCCUUCACGCGAGCCUCAUAUCCGCCCGGAUGCAAAGCAGCAGACUGGGGCUUAGGGGGAUGGAGUGGGAUAGACCACUUGGCUGUACAAUGUUGGUCCAGGCUCUUGGGAGGUUUCGUUAGACGGAGUAUUAGAGGUUUAGAGAAAAAUUUUGAAAUACAUGAUCUCGAAGUCGUCGUGGGCCAUCGUGGGAUUGAUUCUGACAGAAGAUUGUUCAUCGCACAUAUGAUACCAUUUUUGAGACAGCGACGAUGACAUUACUAGAGACAGCGUCCUUAGAAAAUUCC